AUGGGAGAAGGCACAAUUUCUUCUGCCAGAGAUCAGAUAUCUCCAGGGAGGGCUGAUGUGCUAGAAACGAGUUUGGCAGCAGCAGCAGCUCCCAGUCUGGAUUCACAACCUGACGCGUUGUCUAAAACCCCUGGAUUUUCCAUGACGCAACCUGAGAUAUCAGAGGUGUCAGGUGAAGCCGGUCAGUCACAAUCGCUGGAUAAAAUGGACAUUGUGGUUGAAGGCGAAUCACAACAGCCUCUAGAUACAGAUAAACUGCUUAUUUCAUCUCAGACUCUACUUGACGAGGGAUCAGUUGACAUGUCAUUGGAUUCGCAAGUUGAGGGUCCUGAUCAAAUCGAAUCCUUGAGGAAUGAUUUAUCAGGUUCGCAUCACCCUGAGAAUCCAGGCUUAGAAUCAAAAUCAAAUCUUGAGGAAUCUGCAAAUGAUGAAGCAGUUAAUCAAAGCAUAUCGCUUACCAGGGAAACAGUUAGCCAAGAGAACCAAAUGUUGAUAGUACCAAGUUCAGGAUCGAUAAUUCAAGAAUUGGUACCCACACCUCAAAUUGACAUGAAUACGGAGGGUACAGCCCUCAACGAGCCUUCUGAGCGGGUACCAAUAAACCCAGAUCUCAACAAUCGGACGAUUCCUCAUACUGAAGCCGACAACAACUCUCAAAUUACUGCGGCAUCAACAAAUGACUCCACUCGUCACAGUGUGGAUAGUGAGCGCGCCAUUUCAGACGACCGAGUUGGACAUAGUCAAACUGCACCAGAUAUACCUGACAGUACAAAUCAAGAGCAUUCUCAGUCCAAUUCCUCCCGGCAACUUCCUCCUAUCUCAACUACAAAUUCUAUUCGAUAUCAGGCACUUGUUGACUUAUCCUCAAGGUGCUUGGAAGAAUCUAUUAAAUAUCUAACACUUGAUAGAGUGCUGGCCUGCUACCCGACAAUUGCUAAACGCCCUAAAGCUGGACAGGCAAUGGAACAAGCGUUGAAACAAGUCACCAACUUCUGGCGGAGAACGGCCCAAAAAGAGUUUGCAGCAAUAUUUCAGGAGAGAGACAUCCAAGCCAAGUUAGCCGAGCUAGAGCAAUUAAUAGCUGAGGCAUAUGAACGACGGCAACUUUCUCCAGAAUUGCGGAAACCUUGGGAAAGUCCCGUUUUUCUAGACAAGCUUACUCCACAAAACAUUCUAGCCAGUAACCUACGGCAGGCUAAAUUAGAACGGAUAUCACAACUAAAGUCCAAAAUAUUGCUUUGUCAAGAAGAAAAUAGUAGUUUGAAGAGUGAACUAACUGACAGUCAACAGAUGCUGUCGACACUAAUUGAGUCAAUGCAGCAUUGCUUGAGAGAUCUUGAAUCAACUAUUUCGGCUGUUAACCAACUUCCUGAACGAAAGGAUCUCAUAGACUUUCUAUCAAAUAUCACUCAAACAAUAUGA